AUGGCAGCUGCAGCUAAAGCUAAGCCGGAGGGGCUCUUAGGCCUCUCCCAGAACGAAGCCAGGAUCAUUCUUCUCGGUGUUCUGUACACUGACGCCUCAGGCAAGAUCGACUACGACAAACUUGCCGCUAAUGCGCCUUACAAGAAUGCAUCAUCCGCAUCCAGCUCGUAUCGCCAGGCGAAGAAGAAAUUCUACGAUCAGGCGGCUAAGUUUAUGAACGACAUUUCCCCUGGAAACACUGAGGGCGGCACCCCAGUUAGCACCCCGACCAAAAAGACUCCUGUGAAGAGAAAGAAGGGAGUCGCGGCCGUUAAUUCUCCUGCUGCCGACGAAGAUGGCACCGCUGCUGCUGAAGGCGAAGCAGAAACAUCUGCACCUUCUGCGCAAAAGCGUCAGCGGAAGACACGCCCCAGAAAGGACGCUUCUGUAGAGCCGGAGGAGGAGAGUGAUCAGGAGAUGGAAGCCCCUCCUUUCGUCAAGGCCGAACCAGAGGAGUCGGAAAUAAACAACACCCUUGCACCAGAGAAUGAAGACACCGCAAUGGAUACGCACGUGAAGAAUGAAGAGGACGACAUAAUGACCGAAGUCAACGUUGAUGCCGAGUUUGAGGCUAUGGAGCGGGUCCAGGGCUAG